GGCAUACUCACAAUAAUGCAUUUCAGGAAAUUUAAUAUCCUUUCAACAAUGAUACCAUUUUAAUGCAGCGCCAGCGUAUGUUGGAGUUUUGAAUUCAAAUUCAUGUCCCGCGGAACGGCCCUGCAUUAGGAAGAUCUUCAUAUGGUAUUUUGUUGCAGGAGGGUUCCUGCUGCCCCCGUCUCUCCGACGUUGUUGUGAAUUGAUCUAGCGAACAUGGCGACUGUACCAGUAUAUUGCAUCUGCAGAUUACCUUACGACGUAACCCAGUUUAUGAUAGAAUGUGAUGCUUGCAAGGAUUGGUUCCAUGGCAGCUGUGUUGAGGUGGAUGAAGAUGAUGCUCCAGACAUUGAUAUUUAUCACUGUCCAAACUGUGAGAAGACCCAUGGCAAAUCAACAAUGAAAAAGAAGAAGAACUGGAACAAGCAUGACACAGGCCAAAGCACAGACGUCAAAGCUGUCCAGAAUGGUAGUCAAGUGUUCAUCAAGGAGCUUCGCAGUCGUACAUUUCCCAGUGCUGAAGAUGUAGUGGUUAAACUGAAUGGCAGUCAACUGACAAUGGACUACUUGGAGGAGAAUGGGUUUAAUGAACCUAUUCUAGUCCAGAAGAAAGACGGUCUGGAUAUGUCCAUGCCAGCUCCAACUUUCUACAUCAGUGAUGUUGAGAACUAUGUUGGUCCAGAUGUUGGUGUUGAUGUUAUUGAGGUUACCAAACAGACGGACAGCAAGAUGAAACUCAAGGAGUUUGUUGAUUACUACUAUAGCACAAACAGAAAGAAAGUUUUAAAUGUGAUCAACUUGGAAUUUUCAGACACAAGGAUGGACAGUAUAGUGGAGAGUCCCCAGAUAGUGAGGAGGUUAUCCUGGGUAGGAAACUACUGGCCUGACGAUGCUCUGCUUGGCAAGCCCAAAGUCACCAAGUACUGUCUCAUCUGUGUGAAAGACAGCUACACAGACUUCCAUAUUGAGUGUGGCGGUGCCUCUGUCUGGUACCAUGUCCUCAAGGGAGAGAAAAUAUUUUUCUUGAUCAAGCCGACUUCUGCCAACCUGUCUCUGUAUGAGCGCUGGAGGUCAUCAUCCAAUCACAGCGAGAUGUUCUUCGCUGAUCAGGUGGACAAGUGCUACAAAUGUACACUGAAGCAAGGACAGACUUUGUUCAUUCCAUCGGGUUGGAUAAAUGCAAUACUGACUCCAGUUGACUGCCUGGCAUUCUCUGGACACUUUGUCCACAACCUGAGUGUGGAGAUGCAGAUGAGAGCCUACGAAGUAGAAAAGCGACUAAAGGUGAGAAGCCUCACUCCCUUCCCAAACUUUGAGACGGCAUGUUGGUAUGUCGGUCGACAUCUCUUGGAGCGAUUUAAAGGUUUACACAAGGCAAACAAACAACCAGCUCCAUACCUGGUACAUGGUGCCAAAAUCAUUAACGGAGCCUUCAGAGCAUGGACAAAAAAACAGGCUCUUUUGGAACACGAGGAUGAGCUUCCAGAGAAUAUGAAGCCCACACAGCUCAUAAAGGAUCUUGCCAAGGAGAUCAGAAUUUCAGAGAAUGCAACAAAAGCCAUCAAGAGUGAGCCUAGCGCCAAGGUGCCUGUGGAAGAGCCUCCUUCAGCCCACUCUGAGCCUGAGGAACCUGUUUCUCCAGCUCACGUUCCAUCACCCCCCAUGGAGAAACCAACAAGGAAGAAAGCCUCCAAACUCCCGAAACCACCCAAACCCCCAAAGCCGCCCAAGCCCCCCAAGAUGUCUAAGGCUCCCAAGCCACCCAAGGUACCCAAAGUGAAGGAAGGAGGCAAGAAGAAAGGAAAGAAAGCUAAGGAGAUUGCUCCCCCACCAAAGCCCUCCAGCUUUGCUGCUCUCGAAUCUCAUGCUAAGGACAUCCUGAGCAAGAUGGACCAGCCAAAGAAGGGGAAGGCUGCUAAAAAUGUUUUAAGCAUGUCAGAGAAGGAAACAUCUAAGCAGAAUAAUUUGGAUAAGUUUGAAAUUCGGGAACAGAACAAGAACAAAACUGAAGCCAAAUGGAAAUACAAGAACAGUAAACCAGAUUCCCUGUUAAAGAUGGAAGAAGAGCACAAAUUUGAAAGAACACUACUGUCUGGCAACAAAGACAAAUUUGCUUUUACCAUGUCUCACAAAAAAUUACUCGGGUCUAAGACACUAAAACCCCAGACCAACUCAAGUGUUUUUGGAUCCUUACAAAACUUAAAAGAAGACAAAGCCAAGCCGGUGAGAGACGAGUAUGAAUAUGUCUCAGAUGAAGGAGAGCUGAAGAUAGAUGAGUUCCCCAUCAGGAGGAAAAAAAACGCUGUCAAGAGAGACAUAUCCUUUUUGUCAAACAUCAAAGAACCCAUUCAGCCGGCCAAAAAAACAAAGCUCCAACCUUCAAUUCAAAAGAAUGCUGACUCUUCAGAUGAAGAGUCCCUUCAUAUAGACACAAAUGCAAAACCAGAGGUCAAAGGUCGGAACUCCAAGGUCAAAAAGAAGGGUGGCAGUGCAGCAGGAAUUCUUGACCUGUUACAGGCAAGCAAACAAGUGGGUGGGAUCGACUACAGUGCAAACAGUCAGCCACCUGCAUCCCCCAGCACACAGGAAGCCAUUCAGGGCAUGUUGUCCAUGGCAAACCUGUCAUCUUCAGACAGCAUGCAACAGACCUGGAGCAACAGCCAGUCCAAGAACAAUAGCCAGUCAAAGAACAACUCUCACAGCGCACAUACUGGCAAGAAGGCUACAGGAACCAACGGCGGUGGCGGCAAUAACAGCAAGCGGCCAAACAAACGUCUCCCGAAGAAAACCCGAAAGAGCAGCAGUAUUGACAGUAUGGAGUUUGACGAUGAUCAGGAUCACAUGGAUGCAUGCUUCAAGGACUCUGAUUAUGUUUACCCUUCUCUGGAGUCUGAAGAGGACAAUCCUGUAUUUAAAUCCAGAUCAAAGAAAAGGAAAAGUUCUGAUGACACUCCUUACAGUCCAACAGCGCGUGUAGGUCCUUCAGUCCCCAGACAUGAGAGGCCUGCUCGGGAGGGAGCACGAGUGGCCUCCAUAGAAACUGGACUUGCAGCUGCUGCAGCCAAACUCUCCCAUCAGGAGGAGCAGCAGAAGACCAAGAAGAAGAAGAAGACCACCAAAAAAAAGACAAUAGUGAUUGAGGAACCCCAGAACAUCUCUCAGGACAGCAGCUCCCCAGAGCCCACCCAGGAUUCUCAAGACAGCCUGGUAGAUCAUGAGUACAGCACUGGAACAGGCAAAACACCACCUGGGGGUCCCCAACCCAUGGCUCCAGGAGUCUUCCUCAACCAGAGACGGCCCUCUACGUCAUCCCAGAACUCCACAACAAAAGGAGGAGAUCGUGGGGUCUCAGCCGAGGCUAAAGCAAAAAGGCUAAAGAAAGGCAUGGCAACGGCCAAACAGAGACUUGGAAAGAUCUUAAAGAUCCAUCGGAAUGGGAAGCUCCUUCUGUAACACAAACUGUGUAGGACUGGGAUAUACUCCUGAUGUUUUGGGCUCAUGAACUGGUCCUAUCUUGCCCCCCCCCCUCUUCCUCCUCCCAUUCCUCUUCCUCACUGAUCAAAGCCAACAGCGAAAAUUACGGAAACACAAGGGAGGACGAAACAAGUCACACAUUUUUCAAUUUCUAAGAAGAACAUCAUUCAAAUAGGUUUUUGCCUCUACUUAUUCUUUAUAACUUUCAGAUAUUAAAGUGUACAGAAUACCUGCUAUAAAUAUUUUUUAAGAGAAAACGUGUCAUUUUACUACAGCUGUUUAUCAGGGGUUGCUACAUGUGAAAUAGAAGUACAUUGCAGUCAUUCCAAGAUUCUGAAAGUAUCCCUUGCAUGUAUUCAGUUGCAUGUCCGCAUAGAGGUUUGGUUUGGGGGAUUUACAUUUAUUUUAGGAAAUUCAUUCCUACUAUUUGGAUGUGGCUUAUCAUUGCCUCCCAAUGUUCAAUAAUAGAGGGAAAGAGCAGAAAAAUGCUUGAAUGUUUUAGUAACGCUACUGGGCCAGUCAUCUUAAAUUCUCCCUUUAUCUUCCCCAGUUUAAGGCUUUAAUUGAAGCAUUAACUUCCUGGAACUUUUUAUUAUUUACUUUGUUUGCUAAGCACUAUCAGUGAUAUUUAUUGAUGUAAUGGUGUGUCAUGUGAUAAAUAGGAAAGGAAAGCCAAAAAGGCACUUAUGGAACAACUAUUAAGCACACAAAAUGAAGUUAUUACCUGAGUAAAGUAAAAUGUUAGGAUGUGAUGACAAUUACAAUAAACUUUUCACUUAGUUUUAUUGUUUAUUAGAGACCCGAAUGCUAAAAUAUGCAGUCUUUGUAUUUAAAGUUUUUCUUAUAUUUAUCAAAACAUAUCAGUUAUCGGGGCAAAGACAGUCUUCAACUACAUUUUUUGUAAAAUUCUAAAGGUAAUACUGCUGUUAUAAGAAACUUUGAUCGAACAGCAAAUAACUUUGUUUUUGAAAAUGACAUUUCCUAGAGUAUCACAGUGGAAUAUAAAUAAACCUAAUACAUGGGAUUAUUUUUCACAUUGUAUCACAGUUAUUUGUGUUUACGCGUUGAUAUUCCCAAGUAUAACAUGUAGGAGACUGCUAGUAAAUGACUGUUUCUUUCUUUCUCACAUACGUAGAGGACUUUAAAAAGAUUAACACUAAAUGGGACCUAAAGACCUGAUGAUAAGCCUCAUCCAUUUUAGUUGCUAUGGCUACAUGGGGAUACUUUCUAUCUUCUUUUGUUUCACAGGCAUCACCAUAAACUUAGACUGAAAUAUGCAUAAAUAUUGCUUCACAGUACAGUAUGUAGAAUGUAGCUUGUACAAAGCCUUUUAAAUGACUCAUUUUUUGUAUCUUUUUCCCUUCAUACCACAUUAUACAUUUUUACUAGUUUUUUGCUAAUUAUAAACAAAUAUCAUGUAUAUGAAUAAAUAGAAAUAGCCAUUAUGUUACAUUUUAUUCGAGACAUGAUAGUCAACAUUAUUUGUAUUUUCUUUUUUGACUGAGGUGUUGCCUGGAAAACAACUGAAGAAAUAACAUUGUCAUAUGGCCUUACAUACAAAGCUAACCGUAUUGUGAUUUUUUUGGAAUAAGAGAGGAAGCUUUGGAGAGAAAAAAUACAAAAAGAAAAAAAUCUAAACAAAGUUUCUAUGACCAGCCUCUUGUUCAAGUCCUAGUUCAAAAUGAUUUUACUAGCACCUUGUGAAGUGUUUUCUGUGUCAGUGAUGUAAUUUAUUAAUGUUUGUAGCUUUUUAUACCUGUACAAUUCUUAAGAAUUAUGUUUUUGAAUAUUUCAUCAGCCUGUAAAAUCCCCCCGAACAAGAACCAGUUCGUUUUGAUCUUUUCAGGCAUCAAUAGGUCACUACUCUGUGUAAAACAUUGGAUCCUUUUUGUCUUCACUUUGUCAAUGUUAUCAUCGUCAGCAGUCAAGAUGUUGCAUACUAUUAUUAUUGAUGUCAUUGUUAAUGUCUCUAUUAUUAUUAUUAUUGUUUUCAUUAUUAUUAAGCAGCUAUGUUUAACAUCCAUCAUGCCAUUUUCUUUUGGUUGAAAGUAUGUACAUUUUUAACAGGUUUCUAUGUGCUAAUCAAUAGCCGUGUUUUAGUCACAGAUGUAAAUCAUGUAUCCACAUUGCAAGGAAAUACACUCAGAUCAAACUUUGUCAAUGGAACAAGUUCAGGUUUUAUUUGUACAAUAAGUGUGUUGCUUUGUUGUGGUUUAUUUUUGUAUGUCCAACCUAUUAAAUGCGUCCACUGUGCCAGGGCAGUGAAUUAUA